GGCUGGAGAGAAUCAGAAAAAUUCACUCAGCCCCCUGCCUGCCUUCUUAUGGAGCCAUGUGGCUUUAGACAGUACACAAGAUCUUUCCUUGGGACCAGUGUUCCUGACUAUCCCUCACUUGCUUGGCCUCACUUGGGAGUUCAUGGAGCACAGUGAAUGUUCAGAAACAGGACUUGAUUUAGAGUGGUGGUGAUGACAAGAAGAGAAUGGAGGUGGGACCAACUAAGACUACCCUGGCUUCUACAAUUGGUGCUGAUGAGUCCAGCUGUACUAGAGGAAGGAUCCAAACACUCAGUCGGGCACAGCUGAGCUAUGGGACCUACACGCAUGGACUUUUUAAGAAGCUGGGAAUUCCUGGGCCAACACCUCUGCCUUUUUUGGGAACUGUUCUUGGCUACCGUAAUGGUUUUUGUGAUUUUGAUGAGAAAUGUUUUAGAAAGUAUGGAAGAAUGUGGGGGUUUUAUGAUGGGCGACAGCCCGUGUUGGCUAUCAUGGAUCCAGACAUGAUCAAAACAGUGCUAGUUAAAGAAUGUUAUUCUGUCUUCACAAACCGACAGUCUUUUGGACCAGUGGGAUUUAUGAAAAGUGCCAUCACUGUGUCUGAGGAUGAAGAAUGGAAGAGAAUACGAACAUUGCUGUCUCCAACUUUCACCAGCGGAAAGCUCAAGGAGAUGUUUCCCAUCAUUGGCCAGUAUGGAGAUGUGUUGGUGAGGAACCUGAGGAAGGAGGCAGAGAAAGAUAAAGCCAUCAGCUUGAAAGACAUCUUUGGAGCCUACAGCAUGGAUGUGAUCACCAGCACAUCGUUUGGAGUGAACAUUGAUUCCCUCAACAACCCACAAGAUCCAUUUGUGGAAAAUGCCAAGAAGCUCUUAAAAUUUGAUUUCCCUGAUCCAUUUUUACUCUCCAUAAUAUUGUUUCCAUUCCUUACUCCACUAUAUGAAAUGUUAAAUAUCUGGCUAUUUCCAAAGAAAAUUACUGAUUUUUUCACAAAGUCUGUAAAAAGGAUGAAGGAAAGUCGCCUCAAAGAUAAACAAAAGCACCGAGUCGAUUUUCUGCAACUGAUGAUUAACUCCCAGAAUUCUAAAGAAAUGAAUACCCACAAAGCUCUGUCUGAUCUGGAGCUUGUUGCUCAAUCUAUUAUCUUUGUUGUUGCUGGCUAUGAGACCACUAGUACUUCUCUCUGCCUCCUUAUGUAUGAAUUGGCCACUCACCCUGAUGUCCAGCAGAAACUGCAGAAGGAGAUUGAUGCGACUUUCCCCAAUAAGGCAGCACCUACUUAUGAUACUCUUGUACAGAUGGAGUAUCUUGACAUGGUGUUGAAUGAAAGUCUCAGAUUAUACCCAAUCACUGGUAGACUUGUAAGGGUCUGUAAGAAAGAUGUGGAAAUCAGUGGUGUGUUCAUUCCUAAAGGGACAGUGGUGAUGGUGCCAACCUUUACUCUUCACCAAGACCCGGAUAUCUGGCCAGAGCCUGAGAAGUUCCAACCUGAAAGGUUCAGUAAGAAGAACAAGGACAGCAUAAAUCCUUAUACAUACCUGCCCUUUGGAACUGGACCCCGAAACUGCCUUGGAAUGAGAUUCGCAAUCAUGAACAUGAAACUUGCCCUCAUCAAAGUCCUGCAGAACUUCUCCUUCAAACCUUGUAAAGAAACACAGAUUCCCCUGAAAUUAAGUUCUCAAGGGUUAAUUCGACCAGAAGAACCCAUUAUUCUCAACGUUGAGCCAAGAGAUGGGAGUGUGCGUGGAGCCUGAAUUUCCCUAAGGACUUCCCUUUUGUUCUUCGAGAAGCUAUAUCCCAGAACACCACAGACCUCAAUUUCCUAUGUGAGUAAAACCCAGAAAUGAAGAUGGGCUUCAUUUACUGCCCAUGACGGAUGACUAGAGAUUCUGUACAUGCCUUCAGCUUUGUCUGGUGUCUGUGUGGAGCAUUAUAUAUUGUGGAGAGUAAACUAGACAUGUAGAUGCAGUCUAUCUGGUUCACACAGACUACCCCCAGUUUGUGCCAUCUACUCCCCUGAGCACUGAUCAAGAAUAAAAUUUUCUCAACUGUUUUAUCAACAAAAUUUGAUGGAAACAAUGGUCACUGUGAUAGUGACAUUUAUAUCAUGUCUUAUUUUAUAUUACAUAUUAAAUAUCAUACUGAGGAUGUCAGUCAAUAUCCUCUUACCAAAAUAUUAACUUAUGCCUUCAUGAACAUUAAGGGGGGAAUCCAUAGAACUGAUGAGUGAGAGCCAGUGGCUGAAUAUUUGACCAUCACAGUCAUUGGGUAGUUGGGCCUUGUUCAGAACUCCAACGUGAUCUCUUAAGGUAGAUGAGAGUCAAUCCACUAUGACUUUGCUCAUUGCUCAGCAAGUAUAUUCACAGUUUAAUUCUACAGAUUUUGGAGCACAUGUGUUAUUUUUAUUACACUUAGUUGAAGUCCUUAUUAUUCUAUCAUUAGUUUUUAUUUCAUGUUUUCAUCUCAUCUGCCUUGAUGUUCUAGUAGACCGGGCACAUGCUUUGUCUUUGUGUUCCAUCCUCAGCUCCUAACUGUCCUGACACAAUGAGCAUUGAAUAAGAGAUUGUGAUUGGCCAGAUGAUACCAAGUGAAAGGCUUUUAGCUCUUAGCCCUUCAGUUGGUAUCAGAAGCUGUACAGGAGUCUUCCUAUUUUUCCCUCCACUCCUGCCUCUUCUUUUCUCUUCUCCUCUCCUCUUCCUUUUUUUCCCUCCCUAGAUAAGUCAGUCCUAAAGUCAAUAGGUGGAGCACAGGCAGGUGAGCAGCCCCACAUUGAGGGCCAGGGGCAGACAAGAGAUCACAGAGACUCCCAAGUUAUAGAUUCAGUAGGGUGGGAUGGUGUCCACAUGGAGGAGCUGCCUGUCAUAGGUGUGGGAGCUCAAGCUAGGUGAGAAGGGUACUCACACAGAGAGUGGCCUGUUGAGAGCCCCCAGAGUCUAAAUACAGAGUAGAGAACCCAAGUAGCAUGAAGGUGACAUCCAUGAGUGUUAAGCAAUGGAGUAGGGAUUAGUUACAUAAAGAGGGAUUGAUCAGAGAAAUAAAGAUUUUAUCUUAUUAUUUUAUUUUUUUAGAAGCUUUAAAGCAAAAGGGUUUCAGGAGUUUCUCACUGUUGGAGAACUGUGUCACUUAUUUGGAAAAGGAGAGAGCCAAAUGAAUCUGUGUAUUCAGAGAUUGGAAGUCCGUCAAUAUAAAGUCAGGCUUUUUGAUACAUAGAUGAUAAACUGAUAGAGAGCAAUUAAAAUAUGUAUAUUUACCUUUCUGUGUGUAAAAAACACAUUUUCUCUACCUCUUCUACAAACAGUUUUUAGAAACAGUGACAUUGUAAGACUAUAAGCACAUCUUCUGCCCAGAUCUUGCCUUAUAAAUGUCAUUUUCCUGAAAAGAACUAGGACCUUUCAGAAAAAAUGGCUGAUUCCAGGCUGGCAGAGCACAUGAUGAGCCUGGAGCAUGUUUUGCCUACACAGUGACGAGGACAUGUCCACAGAACACAGAGCCAGCCUGAAGGGCUUCAUCCACCCAUCAGAAGCAAUUUGGGCUCAUGAUAACUGACAAUAUGAAAGGAUAUGACUUGUUUAAUAAAAUAGGAAUACAAAAAUACACACAGAUGUAGAUAAUAACAGAGGUAGAUUACAGUUGAUGAGGACACUCACACAGUUUCAAAGUAUCACCACUCAAACACCCAUGAGUAACUGAAGAAAGAGAGGUUCACAGAGCAGAGAUUUGGCAGACAAGUGAAGGUCAUCAGGAACAGGAGGAAUUGAUGGGGCAUCACCUAAUAGGAUGGCAUAAGAAGAUCUCAAUAUCACCUCUGAGAUAUUCUUGCCAGGGAUGCAAACCUGAAAGAAAUCCUGAAAAAAAUAAGACAAAUCCAAAUAAAGAAAUAUCUAUGCCUAAUCUGUAA